AUGAGACUUGGAACGUUAGUUUUGCAGCAACUGGAAGACGAGCCUCCUUUAGUUCAAGCUUGCUUCCAUGGUGAUCCUGAUGAAGUUCGAGCUCUGUUAUACAAGAAAGAAGAUGUCAAUUAUCAGGACACUGAGAAAAGAAGUCCCUUACAUACUGCAGCCUAUUGUGGAGAGGCAGAAAUUGCUGACCUGCUUAUACUGAAUGGUGCACGUGUAAAUACAAAAGACAACAAAUGGUUGACACCACUACAUAGAGCUUGUUGUUCAAAAAGUGAGGACACAGUAAAAACCCUCCUAAAACAUCAAGCUGAUGUGAAUGCACGUGACAAGAACUGGCAGACUCCGCUGCAUGUGGCCGCAGCAAAUAAUGCCGUGCGAUGUGCCGAGGCUUUUAUUCCACAUUUAACCAAUGUGAACGUGUCAGAUAGAGGAGGCCGGACAAGUCUACAUCAUGCUGCUUUCAACGGCCAUAAAGAGAUGAUAAAGCUAUUAUUAGACCAAGGAGCGACCAUUAAUGCCUUUGAUAAAAAGGACCGUAGAGCAAUACACUGGGCGGCCUACAUGGGUCAUGUAGAGAUUGUUAAAAUGCUGGUUGAUCAUGGUGCUGAAUUAAACUGUCAAGAUAAACAGAUGUAUACCCCACUUCAUGCAUCCUCAUCGAGUGGUCAAGUGAGUGUUGCCAAAUUACUGCUAGAGUUAGGUGUAGAGGUGGAUGCAGUCAAUUGCUAUGGUAACACAGCACUUCACGUGGCCUGUCAUAACGGACAAGAUGUGGUGGUUCAGGAAUUACUUGGGUACGGGGCACAGAUUGAUGCCGUCAAUAAUCUUGGACUGACACCAUUACAUUAUGCCGCAGCAUCUACUCAUGGUGGUAUAUGUGUUGAGAUCCUGGAAAAUAAACAAGAAAAUGUAACCAAAGUUGCAGAUGCCAAGGGCAGUAAUACAGGAAGUGCUCAGGUUGAUUGCUGUGAUAAAGUGGGGAACACGCCACUCCACAUAGCUGCCAGAUACGGUCACGAAUUACUGAUUAAUACCUUGCUAGAAAACGGGUCUGAUCCAACAAGACGUGGUGUACACGGGAUGAUGGCAAUACAUGUGGCGGCCCUGUAUGGUCAUAUGGACUGUGUUAGAAAAUUACUAUCUGUGAUGCCUGAAUUAGAUCUUAACGUCCCUGAUGACUGUGGUAGAACCUGCCUUCAUGCUGCUGCUUGUAGUGGGAAGAUUGACAAUGUUGAGAUGCUGAUAAAAGGGGGAGCCAAUGUUAAUCAAGAGGACACAGCCGGAAGCUGCAAACGUACACAUGGAUGUGUAUUUUCUCUGCUAAAUGCGGGGGAGUGCAGUAGAUGUACAGGAUCACGCGGGUUGCACACCGUUUACAACUUUGCUGCUGCAGCCGCUGCUGAUGAUGAUGCUAAGGUACUGGAGUUACUGUUGAAGCACGAGGCUCGGCCAGGAAUUUCUGACAAUCAGGGAUACAAUGCUAUACAUUACGCAGCUUUAAAGGGGCACAUGAUUAGCCCUUGA